AUAGAACACACAGGUGGGCUCAUUAGAUAUGAGUAUAAAAACCACGGGUUCGGGCGUGCUUGUCAAAUUUCAGCCUUCCAGCGUGUACCGAGCUUUGCGCCUACCCGACUCCGUACCGAGAUUUGCCGCCGAAGCUCCACCCAAACUCCCGUACCGUGGUUUAAUUGAAACACCGGCUCUUGAUAACAUCGUCUGCAAGGAAAAAGAAGGGAAAAUGUGUCGCCUGACGGAAUAUUUGGUUGCUGCAACCUUCAUGUUGCACUUACCGCUCUCGGCGUCCCAAUGGCAACUCUCCCGGUACGACAUACAACCCUACCACACAGCACCAUCGCCGGGCAAUUCAGAUAACGAUUGCGGCGGGACUCUGGACACCAUGUCCGGAGAUUUGACCAUCACCUCCCCGCUGUACCCUUCAAACUAUCCGCCCAGCAAACUGUGUAUCUGGCACGUGACGGCGUCAGUUGGGAAGAUAGUGGUCAUCACAUUCCAGCCAUACCGUAUGCGAUGCAACAAAGAUUUCGUUGCGGUCUUCGACGGGGGAGCGGGAAGCAAUGAGCUGAUUGAGGGUUUGUGUACAUCUCUUGUCGUAAGAGGCUUGAGGACAACGACCAACCAGAUGACUGUAGUCUUCAAGAGUAAUGGCGGGAACAACGACUCCGGCUUCACUGCAACCAUUACGGAAGUUGACCCAUAUGGAACCUGUGGUAGUCCCACCAUUGCCAGAAUACCGGCACCGGAAAGGAUAGUCGGGGGAAACACUGCUCAACAAGGAAGCUGGCCAUGGCAGGUGCUUGUAAGAAACUGGGUUGACAGUCCGGGCUCUGGCGGGUAUUACCUGUGCGGCGGGACGCUUGUGGACGCUGAGUGGGUGGUGACGGCUGCUCACUGCAUCCAUACACCUAUCAGUAACAUAGAAGUUACGUUAGGAGAACAUGACCGGUACUCGUCUGAUGGUAACGAAGUGUCGAGAUUCGCCUCGCAAACCUUCCUUCAUCCCAGCUAUGCCGGCGGACCUUACGACAUAGCGCUGAUCAAGUUCGCUUCUCCGGUGACGUUCAAUGAUUACAUCAUGCCGAUCUGUCUACCGUCGUCCUCGGACGUUCUGCUGCCAGGGACCAUGGUAUCUGUCUCCGGAUGGGGCAUCACAUCUUACGGUGGCGCCACUGCACGGUUCCUUCAGCAGAUGGUUGUUCCCGUCGUCUCGGAUCCCAACUGUCAGAUGAUAUAUGGCAGCGGAGUGCUCGUGAGCGUCGACAUGUGUGCCGGUUACUUCGUACAGGGCGGCAUUGAUUCCUGUUCUGGUGACAGCGGUGGCCCCCUGUCGAGGAGGUCUCCAACUACAGGUGCCUGGGAACUCCACGGCGCCGUCAGCAGGGGGGUUCCAUGUGCCCACCCGUUCUUUCCUACCAUGUACGCUCGCGUCACCGGGCUUGUGGACUGGCUCACUACCACCAUGGCAAACAAUUGAACACGGAAAACUGCUCUAGAGUCUAG